AUGGUUGCACUUAGUUUGAAAAAGAAUUUACUAACCCUUGUUCUAGUCGGAAUCCUAGCUGGGUUUGUGCCUGGAUAUGUGCUGGGUCAAAAUUGUAGUUGUGCAGCAAACCUAUGUUGCAGCCAAUUCGGUUUUUGUGGCACCAGUAAUGACUACUGUGGCCCGGGCUGCAAAGAAGGUCCUUGUACUUCUGGAUCACCUACUACACGAAGUACUAAUGGUAGUUCAGUAGCGGAUAUCGUGACUCAAGAUUUUUUUAAUGGGAUAAUUAAUCAGACCAAUGCAAGUUGUGCAGGGAAGAACUUCUACACAAGAGCAGCUUUUCUUGAUGCUCUCAAUUCGUUCAAUCAAUUUGGAAAUCUUAGUUCUACAAAUGAUUCCAAGCGUGAAAUUGCAGCUUUCUUUGCUCAUGUUACUCAUGAGACUGGACAUUUUUGUUACAUAGAAGAGAUUAAUGGUGCAUCACAUGACUACUGUGACAAGACCAACACACAGUAUCCAUGCAACCCUAACAAAAAAUACUUCGGCCGUGGACCACUUCAGCUAACAUGGAAUUACAAUUACGGUGCUGCCGGAACUAGCAUUAAAAUCGACUUAUUAAACUCUCCUGAAACUGUUGCUACAGAUGUGGUUGUUUCUUUUAAGGCCGCCUUAUGGUUUUGGAUGACCAAUAUUCGUCCAGUCGUAACCCAAGGUUUUGGUGCAACCAUUCGAGCCAUCAAUGGUGCCAUUGAAUGCAAUGGUGGAAACCCUAGUACAGUCCACGCCCGUGUCCAGUACUACACUCAAUAUUGUAACCAACUUGGUGUUGCUCCAGGCGAUAAUCUCACUUGCUAG